CGCAACUUAAAUGCAUCCGAAUCCUCCCGCAUAAGAGCGCUGGGCUGCGCCCUGCACAGAGCCUAUCUGGCGAUGGGUCAUGUUGGGUUGGCCCACCACCACGCCAUGGUACCCACCGACCCCUGGAGUGCAGGGUCACAUCCCUUGCGCUACCGGGUCCCCACCUGCACCACCACCAUCGCCACCCACCAGGACCUUCCCCCCUCCAACCAGCCCAGGCUAGGGCUCACCCAAUCCACCACUCCCUUCGUAAAUUGGAGCCACCCCGCAUGCGACUCGUACAUACGCGUCGCAACGCACCCCAAUACAUCAUCUCACAAGUAGACCAGGUUUUUCGGUACCUUGCGCUUGCUGCAAUCACCCCAUUCACCGCUGCUGUCAGUUUUGCCUCUCACUGUGCUCCAAAUUCGCCUAAUGUGGUUAAAUUUUUCGCUAUUAGUAAGAACAGCAAGAUAUUUAUAUAAGCCCUUCAGCCCUUAAUUUGGCGACCCCCGAGUAGUUAUGAGUAGCUUAGCAAUGGGUUUGCCCCGGGAAAAGUUA